GUAGAAAGUAAAGUAAAGGGUCGUCAAUUUCCAGGGCCAUUGGCAAUAUUUUCUUACCUGUAUAAAUAUCCCAACUCACUCCCACUUCCAACUUCAUAUCCGUUUUCAUAAAUUCCUGAAGACUCUAAUAAAAAUGGCUACCCUGGAAGAAUCAACAACACUUGAGUUCAUUCGACAACACCUUCUCGGAGACUUUGCCUCCACAGAUGCUUUUAUAACUAGCCUUGAUUUUGGUCUCUCUCAACUACAACCCAUCAUCAAAUCCCAAAACCAAAUUCCUAAACUAGAACUUGACUCCCCCGUAUCCGACCCAAAUUACCAAAUCCCUGAAAUCUUCAGCUAUGACUUAAAACCUGAAGUUCUUGAUAUGGAAUCUCCAAGUUCCAACAAUUCAGGGUCAAAACUGGAGCCAAAGGUGUCACUUUGUGAAGAGAGAAGGCAUUACAGAGGGGUCCGGAGAAGGCCAUGGGGCAAGUUUGCUGCAGAGAUUCGAGACCCGAACAGGAAGGGAAGUCGGGUCUGGUUAGGUACUUUUGAUAGUGAUGUUGACGCUGCCAAGGCUUAUGAUUGUGCAGCAUUUAAAAUGAGGGGUCACAAAGCAAUAUUAAAUUUUCCACUAGAAGCCGGAGAUGCUAGCCCACCUGCCACUACAGGUAGGAAAAGGAGAAGAAAGAAGAGAAUUCAGAUGCAGGAAAGUGACGUCACGUCACUGGAUAGUGGUGAGCUGGCUUGGGAGGUGAAGGAAGAAGAAGAUGAGCUUGAUCACGCUUAGAAUCAACUGUCACCAUACUAGAAACAUGAUAGAUAAUGCGAGUUAAGGAUAAGCCGUAAUGUGAGGCCUAUGACUAAUGUCCAAAUAACAUUGAAGAUAAAUGCACUAAUUAUAUUUUGUAUCUAAUUAUUGGUUCCUUGCAAGUUCAUUUUGAGUUCGAUUAGUGAUUACUAUGAGUGAAAACUUGAAUUGAAAUAUGUUAAAUUAGAGUUCUAA